AUGAGGGUCUCCUUUCGUAAUUUUGAUCCUUGGGUUCUCUCAGCUGUGUAUGGGAGCCCAAAUCGCAUUAUAAGAAGAUCUUUGUGGAGUAGUAUUAUCUCUUUGGCCGAAAACAAUACUCAUCCUUGGUGCUUGCUUGGAGAUUUUAAUUCCAUUCUUCACAACCAUGAGCGUCGAGGAGGGUCAACAAGAGUCUUAGCUGGCGCAUGUUCUGAGUUUCAACACUGUGUCUCCUCUUGUGGUUUAAUUGACUUGGGUUAUGAUGGCUGGCCUUUUACCCGGAAACGGGGAAAUCUAGUGGAAAGAUUAGAUCGUGGACUCAGCAAUCUUGACUGGCAAAUUCGAUUUCCGGAGGCUAGAAUCAUCCACCUCCCGCCCCUCAAAUCAGAUCACAACCCCAUUUGUCUUCAACUCGAGACCACUUCUUUUCCAAAUAGAGGCAGAAGACCUUUUCGGUUUCAAGCUGCUUGGUUAACCUAUCCAGACUUCAAAAAUGUUGUAAAUAGUUCAUGGAGCAUAGAAAGUUCAUGGAACAAUGGUAUCUCAUCCUUUAGAGACUCUCUCAAAAAAUGGAAUACCAAUGUCUUCGGAAAUAUUUUAAAGAAGAAAAGAAAGAUAAUCAGGAGGCUUCAAGGCAUUACCAACACCUUGGAUCAAGGGAAUAAUAAUUUCUUAGAAGAGCUCAGAGGUCAACUUUGGAAGGAGUACUAG